CUUUUCCCUUCCGCACGACCCCGCGUGCCGCGUUCGUAUCUCUGCCUCUCCCCCCUCUCGCGCUCCGACGACUGGUGUGGCCGCCGCCGCCGCCCCAAAGCCAGGUGCUGAGGCCUUCACCGGCCUCUUCGCUGGCGACGAGCAUCCACCAGUCCUUUCAGGAUGACCAAGUAUACGAGGAACAAAAAAUGUUCAUCUCAUCAACUUAGAUCAUCACAUCACUGGAAACCCCACAGUAGUUCCAGAUUCAAAAAAGUUUCCAGCAAGGAGAUACCAUUUGCAGCUAUAGAGAAAUGUGCAUGGACAGAUGCAACUUGUCCAGUUUGCAUGGAAUUUCCACACAACGCUGUUCUUCUACUUUGUUCAUCACAUGGCAAUGGCUGUCGUCCAUAUAUUUGUGCUUCCGGCUACCAGCACUCAAAUUGUCUUAAUCAGCUUGUAGAGUCAUGCAGAAAAGUAGCCUCCGAGGACCUAGAUGCAAUAGAGCUUGCGUGUCCCCUUUGCCGUGGUGAGGUCAAGGGAUAUACCUUGGUUGAGCCUGCUCGGAAGAAGCUGAAUCACAAGAGGAGGAGCUGCAUGGAAGAUGGCUGUUCAUACAUGGGCACAUACAGAGAGCUCUGCAAGCAUGUCCAAAAGAAGCACCCUUCUGCAAACCCACGAGCUGUGGACCCCUUACAUGCUUACAGAUGGAAGCGGCUUCUAUUUCGAAGUUCAUUGCAAGAUAUGAUUUGUUCAACUACUUCAGAGGUUAUGCGAAGGUUAUUUUCUCUCAUCCUUCAGUUUGACGAGAUUAUGGCUGCUUCGCGAGAGGGUGGUGAUCGUCAUGGUGCUACCAAUGAUAAUUUGCUGCCAAGCGCUAAUGCAGAAUCCACUGAUCCAUGAUCUCUGGACCUCUCGCUGAAAUGUGAGAGUCUGUGUUGAUCCUGCAGGCAAUCUUCAUGAAUCCCUGACUUGGCCCCCCUGCCGAUUCACAAUUUCUGACCCGACAAAGGAAUACUACUCUUCAUCUGUUCUCAGGGGAUGCUCAAUGGUCAUCUUGAAACGAAACAUACUGCUAAGCUUUGAUGGAUUUUUCAAGAACAGUGAUAAUGGCUGGUUGAAUGGCAUGGGGCUUUGUUCAUACUCAUUUAGCCUCUAGCGUGUCAUGUGAUGCACUAUUCUUGUGCACCCUCCCAUUGUUUGUCAUAACUGUUUCUUAUGGAAUGCAAUGUGUCCCUGUUCAGAAAACGAAAUCUUGCCUUUUCUGCGUUUACUGUUUACUUCUUGUUGCAAGGCAAAUGUUGGGUAUUAUUACUUGAAUAUUCAUGGAACAUCUGUAGCUUCGUACUUCCAAAGAACAUGGUUUCGUUGAGCUCUGGAGCUUGAAUUAUAGAUUACUUAUAUUGUGAUUC